AAAAAGGGAUAUAUUGGAUUGGCACCAGAAUAUGCGGUUCCCGGCGAUAUGAUGUGCAUGAUAUUUGGAGCGAUGGUUCCGUUUGUGUUGAGGAAGGCGCCUGAGAAGUGGUUCGAACUUGCGGGUGAGACAUACGUGCACGGGAUUAUGGAUGGAGAAGCAAUGGAAAUGGGGUUAGAUAAAGAAGACUUC